AUGAAGCUCAUUCUUCUCCUCGCUCUCGCCCUCAAGGACUUGGCCAGCCUUGUCGACGCUACAUCUACCGCGCCAAUACCAUCGCCUAACGUUCCCAUCGCUUCGACCGUGCCGUCAAAGAAGACUACUCGAACGACAGGGUCAGGGAUCAUUGUCACUACUGGAAGCUCAAUAAGACCGUCCGGCGUCUUUACCAACUCCACAACCGACGCAAGCAGAACUACUCUUGGGUCAGCAAACGUCGACGUUCUUCCAAGGUCAAGCCCUUAUAUUAUAACGAUCGGGCCAAGCAUAACGGCUUCUCGCGGACAGUCAGGCAUCGUAAUCGCGUCAGAGACAAUCAAGCCUGGCGGUUCAGCUUAUACAGCAGGAAUAGUUACCAUCUCACUAGGCUCCUCCAACAUCCUGAAGAUUGGCGGCAGCACGACGUCGCUGCCAAUUGUCAUCAUCAACACACCUACGUCCACCAGCACUGCUACUACGGGUAGAGUCACAUCGACAAUGACGACUCUUCCUCCAGACGUCUCCACAAAGCUCAUUCAUCCUCCGUCCAUCACGACCAACACUUGGAUUACCACGAACGAAGGCGGCCACCACACCAUUGUCCCGGCUCUCUGGUGCCAGCAUUGCGCUCCAGGGGGUAGAAGUGGCCUUGUUGUUGUCUGGAACUUUCCCAAGCUUCAAUGGGUUGAGUUCGACUGGCCUGACUUUCCCAAUUUGCCGCACUUUCACCUACCUUGUAUCAAGAUCUUUGGGGUGCGGAUCAGCGGAGAUUGUCCGAGUCCCCAGUCCGAUGAACACGGUGGCGACGACGACGAUGGCGAUAAUGACAACGAAAACGACAAGAGCUCUACGGAGACGUGCUCCACGUCCACUACCGUGCGAGACUGCAAAGUUGGCUGCUCUUUAUCUUUCCGAACGACUGACAGCAUUCGUUCGACCUCGACCGUCUGCUUUACGACAAUGUGUGAACAGACUGUUGGCUGCAGUCUGGAAGCGACUACGACUUCGACAGUCUCAACGCCUUCGUCCGGACCAGUUUGCGGUCUCGCCGCUGCUACACCCUACAACCCGAUGAAAAGCUUCAGCGAGCUGGGAGCCUCAAGUCCGCUGUGGAUGCAAGGAGGUACGCCACCACCUGUUACGAAGGUUAGAAGUGCAUCGUCUGCAUCCACGUCUGCAUCAUACAUUUCGUGCUCGACACAACAGCCGGAUCCAGACCAGGGCAUCAAUUCGGGAUACUGCGUCUGCGCCGGAUCCACGCUCGCGUUCUCAACGACUGCUUCUCCCCCAAACAGCUGUGCAUACACCACCAUCCCCGAGUCGACCAUAGCCGUUUCUGUGACGAAGAAUACGAUCACCCGAACGGCGCUUUGCGAAGUUUGUACGUACGUCGGCGCCGGCGGGCAAUGCAGCAGCCUUUCGAACUGCACCCCCAGCCCUACUGCCACUCCGUCCUCGGUUGCCGCCAGCUCGACCACUCUCGUGUAUCCUACAGCAACGAAUCUAGCCGGAGGGGUCCGUAUCAGAGAUACCCUCUGCUAUCAGGAGACAGGGCCCGGCUAUGAGAAGUUUUCCAACGAGGAUGCGAAAGAUGCUGCUGAUGCGAUGCGUAACCGCGGCCAUGAACUGUCUCCCCGUCAGACAUUUGCCUACGCCGAAUCGUUCAAGAACGGUGCUGGCGUGGACGUUACCGUUGCCGUGGAGUGGGCAGACGACCAGUCCGGAUGCAAAAAGCAAGCAGGGUAUGCAAUCUCUGGCGAUUCAUGUCAAGAUGCAUACACCAACAUUGUGAACUCAUGCGUUGGCAAUGCAGGCAAAGGCGGCGGUUGGGUUUAUGAUGGCCCUUCCGGCUGCAUUCUGUGGACAAUGGGUGCGCCCAAAGAUGGUUGA